AUGUUUCUACAAUUGCUUUCAUAUGUUGGUAUAGCCGUUGGGUUUAUAUUCCUAGUGCUUUCAAUUGCCUCUGGGUUGUAUUACAUUUCAGAAUUAGUUGAAGAACAUACAGAACCAACUAAACGAUUCUUAACCAAAUUGAUCUAUGGGAUUAUGGUUACAUUCAUCCUACUUUUAAUAUUUGAUAAAUUUCCAUGGAAGCUAACCUUCUUUUCAAUAUUUUCAUAUUAUGUAUAUUUACAAAACCUUAAGAAAUUCCCAUAUGUUGAAUUAACUUCGCCAAUAUUUUUAAUUUCAUGUGUGUUUGUUGUUGCCAAUCACUUUUUAUGGUUUAACCAUUUCCAUUAUCCAUAUAUACCUCCAAUUGAAAUCAGAUUAAGACCUGAUUAUGAACCACCUAGAAUCCCUUCGUUUCCGGAAGUAUGUUCAUUUUUUGGUUUGUUGAUUUGGUUCGUUCCAUUUGCAUUAUUUGUAAGUUUGAGUGCACAUGAUAAUUUAUUACCUCACCAUAUUGAACUGGAUGCUUCAAUAGAAAGAAAGAAAAAGAAUGGUUUAGCCAAAGUGGUAGUGGCAAAUCUCAGAGAAUACUUGUAUACAAUAAGUAGGAAAUUGGGUUAUGAAUUAGAUCCACAACAUGGAAGACUUGCGUAG